AUGUCUGUCGAGAAGAAGCCCAACCACUCGUCCGAGUUCGAGGUCGACUCGACGCACAACAGCCAGCACAGCCACCUCCACGAGAACGACGCCCACCUCAACGCAAAGCGCCGCAACCUCCGUGCGCUCGACACCGCCCGCGCCGCCGCCACGCUGCUCGCCCUCCUCAUGGGCCUCGCCGUCUUGGGCACCGCCGGCCAUGCCCUGCAGGCCUACAACUCGUCGUCGCCCCGUGACGCCGCCUGGCUGUCCGUCUGGCCCAAUACGGGCGCCUUCGACGUCAAGCCCACCGUCGCUCUCGUCGCCGGCGCUUCCCUCGUCGUCCUCGCCAACCUCAUCGCGCUGACGAGCCACCACCGUUUUGUCCGCGCCAAACUCGCCAAUGCCCACGCCCACACGCCGCUCACCUUCUCCGCCCCCUUUGUCGGCCUCGUCGCCGCCAUUGUCGCCGUCAUCCUCUUUUACGUCGCCAACCGCUCGGCCACCGCCGACACUCUCCUCUCCUGGAGCUGCCGCUGGCGCCACCUCGCGACCGCCCACCCGGCGCCCCAGUUCGCCUCCCUCUGCCGAGCCAGCCAUGCCGGCGUCGACCUCGCCAUCCUUCUUAUUCCCGUCGAGUUUCUCGCCCUCGCCCUUGCCGGCGUCCAGCUCAAGCUCGAGCGCUACACCACGGCGUACACGCACGCACGCAAGACGCCCAGUCCUGUCUUGUCGUAA